AUGGUCACACAGCUUGGGGGUUUGCCCCUGGACAAUCCGACCUCCGGUGAUGAUGGCGUUCAACGCCGUCGUGUCCCUCCGCCACACCUGAACUUGGACAACAAUAAUAAUAACACUAGUGAAUCAUACGAUCGCCACCACCAGAAUCCAGUGUCCCCCACGUCUCCUACAAAUACGACCAAGUACAUUCCUUACAGUCCUCGUCUGGCCCGGCCCAACUUGGAUCAACUCUCCUACAACCCUGAUACCUCCUUUCAAACCAGUCCGUCGCGCAAUGAAGAGCCCUAUUCACAUUCGCAUGUAUCAGGUCCCAUGUCCUCUCGCCACGAACUACCAAUUACCAGCUCGCCCCCGGCAAAGACUCCGAAUCGAACCAGCCCUCAGGAUGAGGAAGAACAAGAGGCCGCUUGGCCGUUACCGAUGACUGAUACUGCGCAAAGCAUCAAUACGAUGCCUCGAAUGCGGCCAGCUCGAACUGGUUUACGCAUCUCCAUGUCCACUUCUUCUCUGAAUGGCAGACGUCGCUCGCCUCUCCCUGAUCGCCAAUAUGCGGACAUGAGCGCCUUUAACCGGCCGCCACCCCGAUUUCCUCCUCGUACGACGCCUGAUUUCUUGCAGUAUAACGACCCACUACGUUCCAGUCAGACUUCGGGUCAAACAUCCUACUCGAGCUUCGAACAAAUGAGCGGUACGGAGCGUAGUAGUAUUUUGACCAAAAGUAGCUCCAUCACGGAUAUGUCGCCAGACACCCCAAACGGUUAUUUUGGCGAAGACGAAGACAUGACGGUUGAGGAUGCCAUUGGCAUGUAUCUCGAUGAUAUUGUCGACAUCCCGGAGGACUCGGUAUCGACUCAUUUUGUAUCGCCCGGGGGUGAGCUCGAUGCUAUCGCGGAAAAUAUAUACUCACCUACCAAGCACACUUCUGGCGCUUCGCUGACUCAUGGGUCCGAAGAACCAGUAACAGAACCUCGAGAGCCACUCUCCGAACAAAGACAAAGUGGCUUCAGUUUCUCAAAUGAUCACCCGGUAGAUGAAGAAUUGGCGCAAGAUCCGCUAAAGACUGUCAAGGGAGCAGACAAGAAAAUUGAAGAACAUCAGGAAGUUGCACCAUCGCGAUCGGCUGGAUCAUCGCAACCCAGUGUAGAACCGGCAGAGCCGGCAAGUGACGCAACUGCUUCGCCGAAAUCGAAAGCGUCCAGGCAACUGUCCCCUCAGAACCUCUCAAUCGAUGUCUCGGCGGCCGUCAAAAUGGAUUCGACUACAGCCCCGAAUCAACCAAUACCUAGCCCGCGUUAUUCCACCAUAGUGCGAGUCGCAGGAAAAGUGCCUCCUUCCUUUCUUCCAGGCACUGACGACCGAGACCGCUAUGGCUUUCGCAAAGCCACUCAUCACGUUUCUCGUGAGCAGUUCGAAGCUUGGAACCGGCCGUACGCGGCGUUGGCUGAAACUCGCCGGCUUAAAUGGGUCAAAUUGAUGGAUUCUUCUGGGCUGCCGUCCGAAAAUCCUGUCACGUUUCCUCCCAAAUCGAAUGCACUCAAGAAGUUCGUUCGGAAAGGUAUUCCAAGCGAAUACCGAGGCGCCGCCUGGUUCUACUACGCUGGUGGCUUUCAACACAUGCAUCCGAAUCCCGGGCACUACGCAAGACUGGUGCAUCAGGCUAUGUCUUCACCUAUCAACACCGACAAAGAGCACAUUGAGCGCGACCUUUAUCGAACGUUUCCUGAUAACGUUCACUUCAAACCCGAGAUGCCCGCUGAGGUGAGUGGUGAUAAUGCAGGGGGCAACAUCCCCAAGCAUAGCUCAGUCAUUGUCGAAACACAGAUGAUCAGGUCACUCAGAAGGGUACUCUAUGCAUUUGCGCUUCACAAUCCUCGUAUUGGAUACACACAAUCACUAAACUUCAUCGCUGGCAUGCUUCUUCUUUUCUUGCCAGAAGAGAAGGCUUUCUGGAUGCUUCAUAUCAUAACCACUGAGUUGUUUCCGGGCACACAUGAGAUCAGCCUUGAGGGCGCCAAUGUAGAUAUGUGGAUCUUGAUGGUCCUUUUGAGAGACAACCUACCGGGUGUUUACACCAAACUAGUCACAACCACGCCGACAACGUCCAAGGGCAAGGCUCCGGCAUUAACUGUCAACAUGCGAUUGCCUGACAUCACGCUCGGUCUCACUAACUGGCUCAUGUCGAUUUUUAUUGGUAGUUUGCCGUUAGAGACGACUUUGCGAGUCUGGGACUGCUUCUUUUACGAGGGGUCCAAGACAUUCUUUAGGGUUGCGUUGGGAAUAUUCAAAGCUGGCGAGAAAGAAAUUCUUUCGGUAUCAGAUCCGAUGGAAGUCUUCCAAAUUGUUCAAACCAUUCCAAAAAAGCUGCUGGAUGCCAAUGCACUGCUGGAUGAGAGUUUGAGCCGGAAAUACCGUAUGGGCCAAGGGCGCAUUGAUGCGUUACGUGACCAGCGGAGAGAAGCUGUUCGCCAGGAAAAGACGCGGCUGUCAUUGUUCACGAGCAAAGGCUUAGCGCUGGAUCGACCAGCCACACGGACCGGAGCCAGAAGCCCGCUUCCUCGAUUAGAUGGCUGGCGAGCUAUCAAAAAGAAUACAUUCAAUUAG